GCGGGUGUAUUGGCUGGCGCUGACGGACGUCGCCGUGGCGCUCGGCCGCAUCGGGCUGCAGAGGUACUCCGCCGCCUUUGACGCGGCGGGGUACCUCGACCUCGAGUCGCUCCAACGGAUGGACGCCUCGCAGCGGGCGGAGGUGGCCAAGGCGACGGGGAUGAAGCACGGACACGCGCGUAAGUUUGAGAAGUAUGGCCUCGACGCAAGCGCCCCGUCGUACUACGGCUACAGCCGGUGGAGCAACGACGCGGGAGCUUCUCUGCAGACGCUGCAGCUGCCGGGCAAGGCGCGCGCCCUUCAGCGCAGUGAUACCACGCGUCUCUCCGCCCCGCUGGCCGAUGGGCAAAGCUUGGCCGCCGCGGUCCCACACUCCCCGCCCUCGCGCUGCAAAGGUGUGGGCCGUCGCGCUCGACUGCCACCUGCUCGUGGCGGGCGGAGCCCUCUCGGCGGACGGCGAGGGAGGCCACAUCUGCGUGAUGCUCUUCGACGUCGCUCGCCUCGCCGCCGGCCGCGGCGCCGCCACCGCGCUGCGCACGCUGCGAGCGCAGUCGCACGCGCGCCAGUGGGGAGUGCGCUCGGUGGCGACGCACGGCGGCACCGCGGUCGUGGCGGGCGGCGACGACGGCGUUGUGCACGUGUGGACGCUGGCGGAGAAGGGGAAGGCCGAGGGAGAGAUGGAGAGCGGACGAGUGAGUGAGGUGUGAGCGACGGACGUGCGUCACAAGUAACAUCACACACCGUGUCGCGGGUGGGUUUCCUCAUACCGCGUACACGAUGGGAGACGGUGUUUG